AUGACCGCCUCAACUGUCAAAGUCACAGUUGCUGCGACCCAUGUGGUCCACAGUAAACACCCAAUUCUUCUACAAGAUCCGUUCAUGCUGGGACCAUUUGAUCAACUUGGCCAUUUCGCUACACCUAUCAAUGUAGUCUGGAUCUACGAAUCCUCGUCCGCAAUCGGCCUGAUUCCGCUAGAAAGACUCCGCAAUGCUAUCAGCCGGGUUUUAGACUAUUAUCCCCACUUGACCGGCCGGAUGCGUAUCGACCCAACUACCGAAGUUCGUUCCAUGGCCAGCCUAGGUAGUGGUGUACAUUUACUUGAAGCUUACUGCGACGCAACGCUACAGUCUUUCGCCAGGACAUCGCCGGCAUCCGGUAGAGGAUUUAGUGUGUUCGAUUUUCCGAGGUCAGGGAACGCGCUGCUGGCGCCAUGGGAUUUGUCUCGUGAAGGGAUACAGCAGAAUCCAGUCUUUACUAUUCAGCGUACAGAGUUCGCCUGUGCCUCUGUGGCCAUUGGGAUGAGGCUAUCACAUGUUGUCACGGGAGCUGGCGGCUUUCUCCAGUUGUACCAGGACUUGGCGGCCAUCUAUCGAGCGACGACCGACUUAGACAUCGGAGGGCACUUUGAGUUAGCAUCGCCGCCGUGUCUAACACCAUUCAUGAUCACUCAAAUGCAGCAUAUGUCUGAUGAUGAGCAAAGAAAGGCAUUGGCUGAGGGGCCAUCGGCAUACUCUUUGCGUCACAGUGAUACGGGAGCUGAAAUACAUGCCCAAAAUGAAGCCCGGUUCGAACAAAGUCCAGAGAUGGAUCUGAUUGUGGGACGGACUUUGCGAUUCUCACCUGCAGCAAUAGCCACCCUCAAAGGUUGGGCAGUCGAACCAGGUAGCGGCAGCGACGCUCGAAUCUCCGCGUGGGCCGCACUGUCGGCACACCUCUGGCAGCAUACACAUCGUGCUCGCCUCGCGCGAGCCGCUGAUCUCAACUCUAGCACUGAUGGUGAGAAGACCAAUGUCCUCUCAAGCUCCGCCUUUGGUACCAGCGUAAACUUCGUACCUCAUCUCGGCUUACCUGAGCGCUCAUUCGGAAAUACAGUUGUGACUCCUGUUGUGGAAUUGGAGUCCACAAAGCUGGCACACUCACCCUUUUGGGAGAUUGCGAAGAUAAUCAGCAACCUGACUCGGCAUGUCUCCGUGAAUGAAGUACAUAAGAUUGGGAGUUGGAUCGCCGCCCAGCCCAAAAAAUCACUUAUUCAGCUGGACUUUCCGGUCACGCCAGCCUCGUUUAUUUCAACUGGAUGGCAUCGCUUUCCUUUGUAUUCCGGCGCUGAACUUGAUGUCGCACCCACCUUUGCCAGCCCAAUUUUCAUGGAUACUUUGUUCGACGGUAUGGUGUUCUUUGUUGAACCUAAGGUUAAGGAUGGUAGUGUCGAAGUCGUAGCCUCUCUGAGGUCGUCAACCUGGGAGUCUCUUGAUACAGAUGGAGGAUUCAUCACUAAUUGGGACAGAACAGCUUAA